AUGAAAUUGCCUAUUUACUCAAAUACUGCCAUUGUCGCUUUCUGUAUCACUUCAACAGCCCUGUUAACGUCGGACUCCAGAGGAAACAGACCCCCUCAUCAGGUGUUCGACGAAAGUCCCGAGAGAAGUCUCGACAGCAAAAGGUUCUGCUUAUUCGCCCUCGAUCUCUCCACAAUGCGGCGGUGGAGGUCUCCGAAGUCCCUGGCGGCCUCACUGGAAGCCCUUGUAAACCAUUCACCGAGGCCAUUGCCAUCGCCAUCUGGCUCCAUUGCCCCAAAAUGCUACUUGCCCGCUGUGUCUUCACAGAUACGGAAGCCGCAGGCGGUUCCAGGAGAUCUCCUUAAAUGGAGUUCGAUCGGUUCAUGCAGAGGGUACUCGAGAUUUGCGACUGGGUUCACGCCAUUGCAGCCAAAGCCGUUGGAUUCCAUUGUUGAUGUCGAGCGGUUGAGGAAUCGAUCAGCCGAGGACAUUGCUUCUGCUUGGGAUGACUAUCACCUGGGAAGAGGUCAUAUUGGUGCGUCCAUGAAAGCAAAACUCUUUCGGCUACUGGAGCACAGAGCCGUUGACUGCCGGUACUUUGUUGUCCCUUUAUGGCGAGGAAGUGGUUACAGUACGAUGUUUGUUCAAGUGCAGAUGCCACACAUUCUUUUCACGGGUCUUGAAGAUUACAAAGCAAGGGGAACUCAAGCAGCUCCCUACUGCACAGUCACUUACUACACGGAAUUUGCAGAGAGUAAAGACUUGGUGCUCAUUCGAGGAGAUAUUGUAUUCACUAGCAAGCUGGGCGAUGAGGAGGCAGAGUGGCUCAUGGAGACGGCUCAGUCAUUCUAUCUGAAUGAUGAGCGUUACAAGUUGGUUGAACGGUUCAACAAACAAACUCGGGAUUUCGAGUUUAAGGAUGUUUUGCAGGCAUUGGAUAUGCCUGUUUUGUAGGUUCUUUUCCGUCAAGACUAUAAGUUGCCUAAAUAAAGGUGAGAGAAGAAUUAGUGAAUAAGAUCGCACAGCAACAUCAAGAUGUCCGAUGAGUCAUUCGAUUUUUUUCUGCGUCUCUCUACUCUGUGCCAUCUGUUACGAGGAGAUGAAGACCAACUUCUUGUCGCAGCUUUCCUUUUUCCCUUCCGAUCUGGGAAUCAAAACGUUUGUUUUUGAAGCAUAGACACAAUGUUAUUGAUCAAUUAAACUACAAUCCCAGGGCAAUAAACCGUAUACUUACUCUUAUGAUUGCAUAGAAAUUAUUUCUUUUUA